AUGUUCAUUGAACUAAAAGAAGAUGUAAUGAAUGAGCUACAAAGGCUGUCAUCAGACAUGGAUAUACACAAAAUUCAGUUGAAGAAUAUAACAGAAGUCACCAUGUUUGUAUUGAUGGGCUUUACGGAUGAUUUUAACCUGAAAUUCUUCUUAUUUUUUCUAUUUCUUGGCAUCUACCUUUUUACUUUGGUAGGAAAUUUGGGACUGGUUGUGUUGGUCAUUGAGGAUUCCCGACUCCACAACCCCAUGUACUAUUUUCUGAGUGUCUUAUCAUUUUUGGAUGCCUGCUAUUCUACAGUUGUCACUCCAAAAAUGUUGGUUAAUUUUCUGGCAGAAAAUAAAUCCAUUUCCUUUCUGGGGUGUGCCACACAGAUGCUUCUCUUUGUUACAUUCGGAAGCACAGAAUCCUUUCUCUUGGCUGCCAUGGCUUAUGAUCGCUAUGUGGCCAUCUACAACCCACUUCUGUAUUCAGUGAACAUGUCACCCAGGGUCUAUGUGCCACUCAUAGUGGCUUCCUAUGUUGGUGGCAUUUCACAUGCUACUAUACACACAGUGGCCACUUUCCGCUUGUCCUUCUGUGGGUCCAAUGAAAUCAGACAUGUUUUCUGUGACAUCCCUCCUCUCCUUGCUAUUUCUUGUUCUGAUACUCACAUCAACCAACUUCUCCUCUUCUACUUUGUGGGCUCCAUUGAGAUUGUCACUAUCCUGAUUGUCCUGGUCUCCUAUGGCUUCAUCCUGUUGGCCAUUUUGAAGAUGCAUUCUGCUGAAGGGAGGAGGAAAGUGUUCUCUACCUGUGGCUCCCACCUGACUGGAGUUUCUAUUUAUCAUGGGACAAUCCUCUUCAUGUAUGUGAGACCGAGUUCCAGCUAUGCCUUGGAUCAUGACAUGAUAGUGUCAAUAUUUUACACUAUUGUGAUUCCCAUGCUGAAUCCCAUUAUAUACAGCUUGAGAAACAAAGAUGUAAAAGAGGCAAUGAAAAGAUUGUUUGGGAAAUAUUGUGUUGUAAAAAAACUCUGUAUGUAG